GAUACCUAUCCUCGGUACCCCCCUAUAUGGUUCUCCGAUUCCGAAGACCCCAUCCUUACUCGUAUAUUCGACCAACUCCGUGUCACAGAACCGGUGAAUUUCACGGUAGAUCGCCAAGUGAAAAUGCUUGUGACCCAGUUGUGUCGAUACAAACACAUGAACUUUCCUCCGGAAUUAGAGAAACUCUGUCCCGAUUUUGAUCCUCAAUUGCCCUCGCCCGAUUCAAUUAUCCCAUCAGAAUCCGCACCUCAAUCCUCGGACCCCGGUAGCGACCCUGACGAUACUGGGUUUGAAGAUGAAGAUGUCCCUUUAAAUGAUCCGUUUGAUGACUCCGUCUCCUCUGAUGAUCGAUCCGAGUAUGAUGGGAUCUCCUCGCAAGAUGCCGAGAGAUUGGAAAAACUCAAAGCCAAUCAACUGCAGCUUUGCGCAGAGGGAGUCACCAAAGGUUCCAUUCAAUCAUCUGUUCGAUUGAUGAAAGAACUUCGAGACAUUUAUCGAUCCGAAAGCUACAAACAAGGUGUUUUUACCGUGGAAAUGCAAAAUGACAGCCUUUACGACUGGAAAGUCAAGUUGUACAAGGUUGAUCAAGAUAGCGAGUUGUAUAAAGAUCUCCAAUCCCUGGCGGAACAUCCCUCAUUGGAAGACCAUAUUGGUCUUCAGUUCCUUUUCAAGGAAACAUAUCCGUACGAACCCCCUUUUGUGCGAAUUAUCUAUCCUAUUAUUGAGAAAGGCUACGUUCAAGCCGGUGGUGCAAUCUGUAUGGAGCUGUUGACCAAACAGGGCUGGUCCAGUGCGUACGAUAUCGAGUCAGUAAUCAUGCAGUUGGCCGCCACUCUCGUCAAAGGUUGUGCACGAAUCAAUUUUAAUGCUUCCCAGAGUCAAUAUUCUUUACGGCGUGCCCAGCGCACGUACCAUGGAAUCGUUCAAAUUCACGAGAAGAAGGGUUGGUACACGCCACCUCAAGCCGAUGGCUGA